GGGGUCUCGCCAUGUUAUCCAUCGUUCUCCUGGGAAUAGCUGCGGUGGCAUCAGCCCUGCAGCCUCUUCCUCCAGUAGACUGGGUUCCAUCUGACAGUAAUGGCUUCCAUAUUGCGUCUGUCGACCACACAAUCUACAUUUACAAUGACUUUGCACAGCAUCGCGACGAAAAUGGGUUGACGUUGAUCCCGCCCUCUGCCAUCGAAUUUGCCGAUACAUUCAGCCAGGACCUGGAAGAGGUGACUGGACAUCCAUGGACUGUGCGCGCCGUCGACGCCUUCCCAGAACACGGAUCGGGCAUCUUCCUUGGCAGCUCUGACGGUGCAUUCACUUAUGAGAAUGGCGAGCCGACCGAGGAAGGAUACGAGCUCGAAAUUAAAUCGAAUCGAGUGUUUGUGCGUGGGACUGGAGCUCGAGGAAUGUGGUGGGGAACUCGCACUCUACUGCAGCUGUUGAUAAUCAAUGACGGCCACAUAUCUGCCGGCCGAACUGUCGAUGCGCCCUCAUUUGCGACAAGAGGUUUCCUCCUCGAUGCCGGACGAAAGUGGUACUCUCCCUCAUUCCUAAAAGACCUCUGUACAUAUGCCUCGUUCUUCAAGAUGUCGGAGUUCCAUUACCACACCAGCGACAACUACCCCCUGAACCGCGGGCACAACGAGACCUGGCAAGAUGUCUACGCCCAGUUCUCUCUUCAUCCUGAGAAUCCUGACCUGCAGGAGCUCGUCCAAAGAGCGAACGAGACCCUCUCGCGCGCCGAGUAUGAGGAUCUCGAGCAUCACUGCGCGCAACGGGGCGUGACAGUCAUCCCGGAAAUCGAAUCCCCCGGCCACUGUCUCUUCCUGACAAAGUGGAAGCCUGAAUUGGCCUUAGAUACGAAGAAGGAUCUACUGAACCUGUCGCAUCCAGAUACAGUACCCCUCGUCAAGUCCAUCUGGGCGGAAUUCCUCCCCUGGUUCCAUACCAAAGAGGUCAACAUCGGCGCCGACGAGUACGACCCAACUCUAGCAGACGACUAUAUCGACUUCGUGAACGAACUGGCCGAGUUCGUGAAACAGGAAUCUGGAAAACGCGUGCGCAUCUGGGGCACAUACGAGCCCUCCGAAACUCGCACCAUCUCUAAAGACAUCAUCAUCCAGCACUGGCAGUACGGCCAGUCCGACCCGGUGCAGUUAGCCAACGACGGAUACGAACUCAUCAACUCCGAGGACUGGUGGGCGUACAUGUCGCUAAAGAACGACCACAUGCCUAUCCUUCCAGCGCCGUACCCUGCUUUCUUCAACAACUCGCGCGUGCUCGAUUUCGCUGACCGAGAAGGCUGGCAGUGGUCGCCGGCCCUGUUCAAUCCGUAUAACAUCACCGAGCAACCGGACCAGAAACCUGUCAAGGGCGCUCUUCUCGCUGCUUGGAAUGAUAAUGGGCCUGAUGCGACUACUCAGCUUGAAGCCUUCUAUGCCAUCCGCAAUGGCAUCCCGACAGUUGCUUCGCGGUCGUGGUCUGGAAACCGCGGGCCAAAGCUCGACCUGUCCAGCCUUGAUUCUUCCAUGGAUCUGCUCACAUCGAAGGCCGUUGCACAGAACCUUGACCGGAACUUGAAUGUUAAGCCCAGCGAAUCGAAGGCCCACGUCCAAUGGAGAUCAGCCGAGGCUGGUGAAGAAGGCAAGGUGCAUCUUGGAUACGGCAGCAAGGGGAUGAACUACACCCUGGAACUAGACGUGACCGGACCAUUCGUUCUCUCUUCGAACGAUUCAUCACUAGCCCUGUCUUCCGAUGGCGCAUUGACAUUUAUUUCUGACGGCUGGGACUAUCCGCUUCGUUCUGUUGACGAGACAGAUGGCUUUGACGCAGGCUUUCCUGGUCGGAUCUGGACGAACGAGACAUCGUCUACGCAUGAGCCUGUGACCGUACCGCUAAACAGCCAUAUUACGGUCCGCACUGAUGUGAUCGGGGGUAGUCGGGUCUGGGUAGACGGGGACUUUGCCGGACGCUUCGAGGUUUUUGUCUUCGGUGGUAAAAACACCUUAUUUUCAUGGAGCCAGAUGGCGUUUGUUGCGCCUCUGGAAUGGGUUGAGGGGGGUAUAAAUCAGCUACAAAUUAGUGGAUAUAAUGGACAGCAUUAACAGGUCUGGAAUAUAUAUGUAUUUUACAAACUGAAUAUACCGCUCCUCGCCUUUUUCCGCAUUGGAUAUAC